AUGACUGCUGCAGAGAAUACAAUCGUUCAAACACACACUGAUAAUUUGGAAACAUUUUCUCUUGUUUGGCUGGAUGAAAAAGUCAAUAAAAAAGAAGAGAACAAGCGUGCCCAAAAGCGACUUCGUUCAAUCAUCAAUCAUCUGAAAACAUUUGAUGAUCAAAACGAGUGUCAACAAUAUAUUAUGUCUCGUUCUGAACAAGACCGAGUCGUCCUUAUCAUUAGUGGUCAGUUAAGUAAAGACUUAAUUCCUCGGAUUCAUGAUCUUCGACAACUCUCCGCUAUUUAUAUCUAUUGUUGGAAUAGAAAAGCAUAUAAACCCUGGGCCAAAAAUUUUACCAAAAUAAACGGUGUGCUCGUUCAACUUGAUGAUCUCAUUAAUCAAAUCACACUCGAUCAAAAAGAGCGAGGAAAACAAGAAGAACCAAUGGUUAUGAGUUUUUACAAUGUUAGUAGUAAUGCAGAUAAAUCCACAACUCAACUCAAUGGUCAUUUUAUUCAUUCUCUAUUAUUAAUCGAUGUUCUUAUUCGAAUGAAACCUAAUGAUGCUGACAAAAAAAAACUCAUUGAAAUUUGCAAAGAAGAAUUUGAUGAUAAUGAACCUCAACUAGCCAUCGUUCACGAGUUUGAACGUAAAUAUAGAUCUAAAAAAGCUAUAUGGUGGUAUACUCGUGAUGCAUUUUUAUAUAGAAUGUUAAACAAAGCUUUGCGAGUACAGAACAUUGAAUUAUUAUUAUUAUUUCGUUUUGUAGUUCGUGACAUUUAUGAACAAUUAAAAAAACAUCAAUGUCGAAAUCCUAUUUGUGUGUAUCGUUAUCAAGCUAUGUCUGUUGAUGAAUUGAAUAAUCUUCAACGAUCGAUCGGUCAAUUCAUCUCGGUUAAUUCUUUUUUCUCGACUAGUGCUGACCGUGAUGUAGCAGUAAAGUUCUUGAGGAGUACACCCAUUUCCAAUGAUUUGCAUCGUGUAUUAUUUAUCAUUGACGCUGAUCCUCGUGUUGUGAAAUCAAAACCAUUCGCUGAUAUUAGUUCACUCAGUUACUUCACUCAUGAAUCUGAAAUAUUAUUUAUGGUUGGAUGCAUAUUUCGUUUGACUAAUAUUUAUCGGGAUGAGAAUGAAAAAAUCUGGACAAUUCAAAUGCAGUUAGCAGAAGAUAAUGACAAUAAUUUAAAGAAACUUUUCGAGCAAUUGAAAUCAGACUAUGGAGGUGACGAAGAUGAAGCUGAUCUUAAAUCUUUUGGUGAUGUACUACAGCAUAUGGGAAAAUAUGAUUUGGCAGAGAAAAUAUAUAUUGACCUACGUAAAAAGUGUACUCCCGAUGAUUCGUCAUAUUCUCAAUUAUGUUUCUCAUUCGGAAUGCUGUAUAAAGAAAGAAAGGAUUUUGAUCGCAGUCUACAAUGGUUUCAAAGAGCAUUGGACAGAAAACUUCGUACGGAACCAACUGAUUUAGUCUACAUUGGUGGUCUCCACUGUUGUAUUGGGAAUAUUCAUAUGGAAAAGAAUGAUUUUAAUGAAGCGAUGAAAUGUUACACUACAGCAAUGGGCUGCUACAAUCGUGCGAAUGCUAAAAAUCAUCCGUAUAUGGCUUCUUUGUAUCAUGGCGUCGCUCGUGUUUGCUGUGCUCGGAAGCAAUACUCAGAUGCUUUGAAUUAUUAUACACACUCAUUGAAUAUUCAACAACAGUAUUUACCUUCUAAUCAUCCAGAUACAGCUUUAAAUCAUGUUGGCAUAGGUGAUAUUUAUCGUAUUGUUGGUCAAUACCAGAAUGCUAUGAACUAUUACAGAAUGGCACUAGACAUUAGAAUAAAAUCACUACCUCCUCAACAUCAAGACAUUGGUUCGAGUAAUAAAAACAUUGGCCUACUAUAUGAGACGAUGAAUAGUUUCAAAGAAGCAUUAGGAUAUUAUCAAAAAGCAUACACUAUGUAUCGUCAUUCGUUGCCACCUGAAAAUCCAAACGUGGUUGAGAUUGAAAAAGACAUUGAACGUGUCAUUGCAAAACUGAAAUAA